UCCGAGAGUUCCUUUCGAGAUCAUGGCCCGCAAGCAAGACACAGCCGUUAUCACGGCCGCGGCCGAACGUCAUAUCCUCUCCUAUUGCGCCGACCUCACCUCUCCUGUGUACCAAACCUCCACUCAACGUGCCGCGAAACUGGCCACCUAUUAUCUUCCAUCAAUCUCUAUCUUAACCGAUGGAACCAUGACUCGACUCUCCGACCCCUCACAGUACGCAGAAUUGAUCGCGGGUCCAUUGGACAAGGUGGGCAGUCUUCCUCGGGUUGGCGGCCACCGCAUCGAUGCGAUCAGCGAGAACAGUGCAAUCAUAUGGCUUUUCCUGGAGGUCAAUGGAAUGGAAAUAUCAAAUGUGUAUUUCUUUCGAAACAUGGGGAAUGGCGUGGAAGGUUUCGAGGGGGGAUUUUUGACGAUGAUUCAAGACUCGCGAGUCGUCAAAGAGGCUGUCGGCGCAGAGAAGGCAGAAAUACUUACCAUCCUCGGCUGA